CUCACUUUACUGUGACUGAACAAGAUAACAACCCAUCACGAAAUUAAUAAAAUAAUAAUGAAUAGAAUCUCCUCUUUUAUAAGGAUAAAUAAAGACAAAUGAAGCCAUUAUAGUACGUCAUCUCACCAUCCUCCCACCAUCCUCCCAGUAUCCUUAACGACCCAGUUAUGAAUUAACACUAUUUAGUCUCAUAUUCUCUGCCUAUCCGAUAAUAGUGCGAGCGCACAGCUCAUCUUGAUCAUCAAAAAUUUAGACAAACACCACCAACACCACCACAACACCAACAUGUCCUCACACGACGAAUACUCCUCCGACGAGGAAGACCUUUUCGACACAGAAAAGUCCAGCGUGCUUUUGGGAUUCGUGGACGGAGAAAUCGUGUCUGACGAGGAGGACGAUGAGUAUGAUGAGCCCUCCAUCGAAGACACCUUCAUUGGUGGCAAGCCUGUGUGGUUCGAAGGCAGUGCCAGACCAGCCAAGAAAUCGACUUGCUGUGACAACUGUGGUGCCAAAAUGGCGUUGUUGCUCCAGGCUUUCGCUCCUUUGGACGGUAAGUUGUACGACAGAGUGAUCUACAUCUUUGCGUGCAAGAACUCGGCCCAGUGCUCCAAGAAGAAGGGAAGUGUCAAAGCCAUCCGAGGAAUCGGCAAGAACCCCGAGAAGGUGGCCCAGAUCAAGAAGGAACAACAGGAAUCCAUCCAGAAGCAGUUGGAUGAGAAGUUGCAGUUGGAGAACAAAAAGAAGUUGCACAUAGAAAUGACCAAGGACUUGUUCACCAGCGACAAGCAGGCAUCCAAUCCGUUUGGGUCCAGUUCCAAUCCAUUCUCCAACCCAUUUUCUACCCCCUUUGCGGCCAAAGAAGCACAGAAACCUGAGGCCCCAGAAAAGGUACAGCCCAAGGCCGAAAAGACCUCUUCAUACGCCAGCGUUGCCUCCAAGAACGCACCUCCCGCCAAGAAGCCGGAAAGAGACACCGAUGACGAGAGACCUAGCUAUCCUGGGUGCUUUAUCUACGUUGAGCAAGAGAAGUUCAAGAAAGAAACAGAGGACUCCGAGUUGGAAAAGUACAAGCAUUUGAUCGACAUGGACGUCGACAAGGACCAGAAGUCAGGCAGACGUGGGUCCACGUCGUCCGUGGGCUCCAGUGGCCCAUCCGUGGGUCCAAUGGACCCUGGCGCAUCCAAGAUCAGCAGCAUGCUCGACGACAAGUACUUCGAGGCCUUUACCAACACCGUGAAGAGCAACCCCGGCCAGGUGUUGCGGUACGACCUUGGUGGAAGACCAUUGUUGUACAGCGGAAGAGACGAGGUGGCUGCGAAAUUCGGCAAGGACAUUGCGGUGCCAAAGCCAGCAUACAACCCGUCGUCGUUCCGUCGCUUCGAGCUUCAGCUCAUGCCCAAGGCCAUCAUGGACUUGGAGCGUCUCGGCAACAGUGCUAGUGUCAGAGCCAUCCUCGACGGUAUGUCCUGGGGAACCAUCAUUGUGUGCACCGACCACGAGGACUAUAUUGCACCUGAAGAAUUUGAGGACCACGCUGCGUACGUGGAAGAAUGGUGUGGGGUGCAAUGGGAAGAGAGCGUUUAGAUGGACUAGACGGGAGAAUAGACUGCCAGACACAUAGCCAUGGAAGCGACGAAGAGCCGGUGAUUGCAACCUGACAAACGAGUGAUUUCACGACGAAGGAAAUGAUUGCAACGCGAUAAGGGAAGUGAUUGCACCGAUACAUAGCCACGGUGAUUGCAACGCGACGGAGUGCCUCACAGCCAUUCGUUCGCGAUUCGUAGGCGCAAGCCUCGAGGAAUGUCAACACCAGGGACGCUUUGACGACGCCAAAAGGGCGAACUCUAUCUCGAUUUUGUACC